CAACCACCCCCAAUCCUUGUGCUUUUAUAGGCACGGAUUCUGCAGGGAGAGUUUGCGCCCUACUGCGCCCUAGAUCUCGAUACGAUACACAAAAGUUUUUGUUGUAAAUACAUACAACAGAUAUUCUCCCCUCAACUUUUGACGAAUCAGAUUAAUCCAAUUGGGCCUCCUUGCCUCGGCUUCCUCUACUCUCCUCGAUUGUUUGUUCGUUUGUCUCUCUGGGCAUUUUCUCAGGUCUUUGAUCCCAUCGGCAUAAAGUUAAACAGGAUUUAGAGAGAAAGAGUACUAUCAGUUGAAGAUGUCAAGCGCCAUCGACGAGAGAGUUACCGAUGAAAUCGAGGCUCUGAGAGCUAUACUCCUGGAUGAUGAGCUUCAGGUCAUUGAAAACGAGAGGGGUGAGCCAGAAUCCAUCGAGACGCUUGUCUUCCCUUCAACUGGAGAAGAUUCUCAGUCUCAGUACGUAUGUGUCAGGCUGGUUGUCAAACUGACCCCUGGUUAUCCCGACACAACACCUAUUGUCAAUUUAAGAAACCCUAGAGGCUUGGAUGAAGAAACUGUCAGACAAAUUCAAUCGGAUGCCGAUGCAAAGUGCAAAGAUUUUUUAGGUCAACCUGUAAUGUUUGAAUUGAUCGAGCUUGUCAGGGAGCAUUUAACAGUUAGUAAUCUCCCUACUGGUCAAUGUGCUGUUUGUCUGUAUGGAUUUCGCGAAGGGGAUGAAUUUACCAAGACAGAGUGUUAUCAUCAUUUCCACUCGUACUGUUUGGCUGCUCAUGUAGUCGCAGCUGAACGAUACUACAGAGAAGAGCAAGAAAAAUUACCGCCGUGGCAGCAAAGUACAGCAAACAAAUUCCAAGCUCUCUGUCCAGUCUGUCGAGAACCGACUAAUUGCGAAGUAAAGGAUCUGAAAAAAGCACCACCACCGAUCGAUGUAGAAUCUGCGACGGACUUCUCUCUCACUCAAGAGUUGCAGGAUAUGCAAUUCAAGAUGGCCGAAUUAUACCUUUACCAACAGCGCCGUGGAGGUAUUAUCGACCUCGAGGCCGAAGGCGUCAAGCUGCUCUUGAAUAUCGAUGAUGAUUCGACUGCCGAGCAGCCCAACCCACCUGGUAGUAGCCUGAAUGCUGUAGCUAGUCAAUCAGCACAAGUGCAACAAUCAAAGCAGCAACAACAAUCCAAACAACAACAACAGCAGCAACAACAAAGUCAAUCUCAACAAAAUCAUAGCCAGUCACGACAAUCCCACCAGCAAGCGCAACAAUCUCAAAAUCAUCACCACCAUCAUCAUCGUAAUCAUCGCGGCCGCGGCAAGGCCCACAGUCGGCGUCACUUGGACCGCAUGCGACAGAACGACUCAGCUACCAGAUGACAAUGGGUUACCGGGAACGACAACUACCAGCAAGUAUCCAAGAAUCAUCAAUAUCAGCCGCUAUUACUUGAUACUCAUGAAUACAUUAACCAAUUACUCGAAAGCGCGAUGAUGCUCGUGAUCAUGAUAUUAACCGACGUAACGAUGUCCCGUAGAUUGUACCACCUCCUCCGCUCACUUUAUCCACUCCCUUUGGCACGUAGUCACAUUAGUAGCAUCAAUUAUUAUGAUAGAAAUCUUCAGCCGCAAAUCGGCGCGGUCAUGAUAUUAUUAUAGGUAUUGCUGUUCAGCAACAUUCCCAUUGCAACGGUGUAUAAGAUGGGACGUGUUGAUUAUUACUCUUGCUAUUCUUAUUAUGGUAAUCGUCAUCAUCAUUGCUAUUAUUAUUUUUAUUUUUAUUAUCAUCAUUGUAGUGUUGGUUAUGAUAAAAAAAACACGGACAAGCGUCAAAGCAGACUAAAAAACGAGCCUUUGUGCAGCAGCUGACUGUGUUUUUACUUAAGAAUACGAGUGCGGUACGAUUGAUGAUUAUAUAUUAUUAAUGGGUACGCAAUUCUCACUUUGAUAAUAAC